UUUUGUUCUGUGGACUGCCGUGCUGUCCGCUGCCCCUCACCCUGCUGCUUUGCCUGGAUCUGGACUUGCUUUAGCUACUUUUGGAAUAGAUCACCCUUUCUCUCAUUUUCAUCCAGUGUGGAUUUGGGAAUUCAUAACUGUGAGCUGGUUAAAAAAGGGAAGUCUGAAAUAAGUUGGCGGGGUGGCCUUCAGGAUGUCAGAAUCAAUACAAGUGAUGCGGAAGCAGGAGAAGCAGCAGCUGCAGCAGUAUCAGCAGCAGCGUCUCUAUCAACGACAGGAGAUGCAGCAGCAGCAGCAUCACUUUGAGAGCAGCUGUUUCCUGAGCUCCAAGUCGUCCAUUAGCCAGCAGUCAUUCUCCGCUUACAAGUCUUCCAGCCGUCGCCUGAAGACCUCUGUGAAGACAGAGAAAGGGCGGGAGGUGGUUAAACUGAGCCCGCUACCCAAGAGAGCCAAACGCACCUACCUGGCAAUGGACAAGGACAAAGAAAUUAUUGGCUAUGUAAUCCCUGUAUUCAGAGCCAACCAUGAAGAUGUGCGUGGUCUGAUGGAGGCCCGGGAGGAUGAUACCACAGAGGAGGGGAUUAACUAUGUCGCCAUGAGGAACCUGUUCGUCAGGGAGGCAAGGGAGGCCAUGCAGGUUAGAGUGGAGAAGAAAACCAGAACAGUGCAUAUCAGGGAAUCAGCCGAACGCGUGGGGAUGAGCAAGACGCUGGAUGAGUGGUCUGAGUUCCGUAAGAAGAUGAACCCAGACAGCCUGACACACCGUCCAGAGUUUAUCGUCAAGCCCCGUGGACAGACCAUCUGGGAGGGCAACACUGUGAAACUGCACUGCACUGUGGCUGGAUGGCCUAAACCCAGGAUCGCCUGGUACAAAAACAAUGUGCUCAUUGAUGCCAAGGCCCACUCUGAAAAGUAUACAGUUGAGAGCAAUUACAACAUGCACUCCCUGGAGAUCAAGAAUUGUGAUUUCUUGGACACUGCAAAGUAUCACGUCUCUGCCCUCAAUAUAAAAGGGGAAUCUUCUUCCACGGCUACUGUUGUUGUCAAAAGGUUCCAGGAUGGCGAAGAAGCAGGUCCACUUGAUCCUAAGCCACAUGGUUUCUGCCCUGAACAUGGUGUGACCUUUGAAACAACCAUCAUUGACAAAUUUGAGGUGGCCUUUGGCAGUGAGGGUGAAACGCUGAGCCUGGGCUGCACUGUUAUUGUUUAUCCCACUGUAAAGAAAUACCAGCCUGAAGUUGUGUGGUACCGAGAUUCUACUCCCUUGAAGCCCUCUAAAUGGGUUCACACUCACUGGUCUGGCGAACGCGCCACACUCACGCUCAUCCACCUGAACAAGGAAGAUGAGGGCAUGUACACCUUGCGCAUCAACACCAAGUCUGGCUUUGACACCUACUCUGCCUAUGUGUUUGUCAGAGACACUGAAGUUGAGGUGGAGGGGGUUCCUGUGGCUCCCCUGGAUGUGCGCUGUCAUGAUGCCAACAAGGACUAUGUGGUGGUAACCUGGAAGCAGCCAGCGGUGGAGGGCAGCAGCCCCAUCCUGGGAUACUACAUCGAUAGGUGUGAGGUGGGCACUCAUCACUGGGCUCAGUGUAACGACGUCCCAGUGAAAUAUGCCCGUUUCCCCGUCACAGGACUGGUGGAGGGCCGCUCUUACAUCUUCAGGGUGCGGGCCCUGAACAAGGCAGGAGUCAGCCGUGCAUCUCGUGUCUCUGAGGCCGUGGUUGCAAUGGAUCCCUCUGACAGAGCCCGCCUCAGAGCUGGCCCAUCAGCCCCUUGGACUGGGAUGAUCAAGUUCACAGAGGAAGACCCCACUGUGGGUGUCAUUCCUGGAGAACCCACUGAUGUUGUGGUUACAGAGGCGACCAAGAGCUACGUGGUGCUGGCCUGGAAGCCUCCCAUGCAGAGAGGUCAUGAAGGAGUCAUGUACUACAUUGAGAAGUGUAUGUCAGGUACAGACACCUGGCAGAGAGUGAACACCAGCAUGCCAGUCAAGUCUCCCCGCUUCGCCCUGUUUGACCUGGCUGAGGGUAAUAUGUACAACUUCCGUGUGCGCUGCUGCAACUCUGCAGGAGUGGGUGAGCCCUCUUUGCCCACAGGAGAGAUCACUGUGGGAGAUAAAUUGGACCUGCCCCCAGCUCCAGGCAACCCAGUGCCCACCAGGAACACGGCCACCUCAGUGGUGCUCUCCUGGGGGGCCUCCAAGGAUGUCAGACUGGUUGGUUAUUAUAUUGAAUGUAGUGUGGUGGGCACUGAUGUCUGGAUGCCUUGCAACAAUAAACCUGUCAAGGAGACCAGAUUUGUGUGCCAUGGCCUUACCACUGGAGCAAACUAUGUGUUUAAAGUCAAAGCAGUCAACGCUGCUGGAUACAGCCAGAGUUCUGCUGUUUCUGAUGCGGUGGUUGUGCAGGCGGCCAUCUCCGUCCCUGGAAAGCCCACUGGUGUGACCCUGCUGGAGGCUGUUAAGGACUACAUGGUGCUGGGCUGGACAGCGCCAGCAAACAAUGGAGGAGCUGAUAUCAGGGGAUAUUUUGUGGACUACAGGACUGUGAAGGGAGACAUUUUUGGCAAAUGGCAUGAAAUGCAUGAAAAGGCAUUGACUACUACCUCCUAUAAGGCUGAGAACCUGAAGGAGAACGUCUUCUACCAGUUCCGUGUGCGUGCUAUGAACAUGGCAGGUGUGAGUAAAGCCUCUCUGGUCAGUGCAGCUCUGGAGUGCAAAGAAUGGACCAUUACUGUACCAGGUGCUCCCAUUGGUCUUCAUGUGCUGGAGGUUCGUGACACCUCUGUGGUGGUCCUGUGGGAGCCACCUGUUUUCCACGGCCGCUCUCCUGUCAAUGGGUACUACAUGGAUGUCAAGCUGGCCUCUGCUGGAGAAGAAGGCUGGAAGGCUGUUCAUGAGAAGGUCAAUAAGAUGAAAUACAUGAAGGUUUCAGGGCUGAAGGCUGGUGCAUCCUACGUUUUCCGUGUGCGGGCUCAAAAUCUUGCCGGAGUUGGAAAGCCCUCAGCAAUCUUUGGUCCAAUCCUGGCCCAGACUCGCCCUGGCACCAAAGAGAUUUAUGUGGAUAUUGACGAUGAUGGUGUUAUCUCUAUGGUCUUUGAGUGCUCUGAAAUGAAAGAAGGAUCUGAGUUUGUGUGGUCCAAGAACUACCUGCCUAUGGCAGACACCUCUCGCCUGACUAUUGUCAAUGAAAAAGGAAAGUCCAGAGCUAUCUUCAACAGUCCUUCCCUGGAGGAUCUUGGCACGUUCUCUUGUAUGGUCACCAACACUGAUGGCAUUUCCUCCAGCUACACGCUCACUGAGGAGGGUCUGAAGCGUCUUCUGGAUCUCAGCCAUGAGCACAAGUUUCCUGUUAUUCCCUUCAAGAACGAAAUGGCCAUGGAUCUACUUGAGAAGGGUCGUGUGCGGUUCUGGACCCAGGUGGAGAAAUUUACCCAGAACUGCCAAGUGGAGUAUGUCUUUAAUGAUGCCAUCAUCACUCAGGGCAAGAAAUACACAAUGAACUUCGACAAGUCUACCGGCAUCAUUGAAAUGUUUAUGGACUCCCUGGAGGUCACUGAUGAGGGCACAUUCACCUUCAACCUGGUUGAUGGAAAGGCUAAGGGAACAACCAGCCUGGUUCUUAUUGGAGAUGAGUUCAGGGAGCUUCAAAAGAAAUCAGAGUUUGAGAGGGCAGAAUGGGUCAGAAAACAAGGUCCUCACUUUGUUGAGUACCUUAGCUUCGCUGUUACUUCAGCAUGUGAUGUGCUUUUGAAAUGCAAGAUUGGAAAUGUCAGACCAGAGACUGAGAUCAUCUGGUCCAAGGACAGCAUCGAGAUUGCUGAGGAUGAUGAGGACGCCCAGAAAAUUGAGAGAAAGGAUGGCGAGCUGACCUUUAAUAUCGGAAAGAUCUGCAAGAAGGACGCGGGUAUUUACGAGGUCUUCCUGAAGGACGAAAGAGGCAGAGAUAGGAGCACAUUCAAUCUGACAGAUGCAGGAUACCAAGCUGUGAUGAAUGAACUGUUCAGGGUUAUUGCCAACUCCUCCUCUGAGAUCCAAGUUCUCAGCACUGAACAUGGCAUCAUCCUCUACUCCAAUGUCACAUAUUACGAUGAGGAACUGCGUGUUAAUUGGCUCCACAAAGAUGCUAAGAUCGCCGCCUCAGAGAGAGUGAAGGCUGGAGUCACAGGGGAGCAGCUUUGGCUUAAGAUCAACGAGCCCACAGAGAAGGACAAGGGCAAAUACAGCAUGGACAUCUUUGAUGGCAAGGACAGUGUUAAGAGAGUCUUCGAUCUCAGUGGCCAGGCAUGGGAACAGGCGUUUGAGGAAUUCCAAAGGCUCAAGGCAGCAGCAAUUGCAGAGAGAAACCGUGCUCGGGUUGUUGGAGGCUUGCCAGAUGUGGUUGCAAUCCAAGAGGGCAAGUCCUUGAAUCUUACUGGCAACGUUUGGGGUGAGCCCACGCCUGAGGUGUGCUGGGUGAAGAAUGACAAGGAACUGGUGUCUGAUGACCACUACAAACUCAAGUUUGAGGCAGGCAAGUUUGCCAGCAUCACAAUUGCCACCGUCACCACGGCUGACUCUGGCAAGUACGCCCUUGUUGUCAAGAACAAGUACGGCAAAGAGGCUGGUGAGUUCACCGUCAGCGUCUACAACCCUGAAGAAGAGGAAAAAGAGGAGAAGAAAGGCUAAAGGAUGUAGUUGCUGUGUCAUGAAAUAAAGCAGAAAAGAUGAACAACUGGGCUUUUUCCAAAGCAUUUUACCCCGGCACAUGCCGGUGCUCCAAAGCAGUUUAAAUAAAGGAUGAAUACAGCUGCUUUCUCCUGCGUCUUUCAUGUGCUGGGCUAAAUAGCUUUGGGUAUUACUUGUCAAGAAGAAAACUAUGUAUGUAAUUUAGAGAGGAUAACUGUGUGCUUUUAGUGGCUUAAGAUGUCUUCUGUCAGUUAAGGCAAAUAUUGUCAGCUUAUGUGAUGUACGCUCAUGGGAAAUGGUUCACCAUUCUUUGUUUCAAAACCAGUAUGAAGGCCAGCAAAGCAAAAUGCUGUUUUCUCAUACUACACCAAUUUAGAAAACCUUUUACCUCAAGCCUGAGGUUUCUGUAAAGAAUAAAGAAACAACUGAUGUUAUGAA